UUAUGUUUUUAUGCCACCACUUGAUCACAAAAAAUGUGGGUACCAAAACACUUUAGAACAUAAAUACUUUAUUGUAUUUACACAAAGUUCAAGUAUUGUGUUACUGUUUCUAUGUAAUAUGACAGCAGAAUCCAUUGCAAAAAACACUUAAUAGAUUAAAUGACUUGAUGUUAUUAUAUGACCUGCUUCUUGACCUGACCUUGCAAAAGGCCCAUGUGUAUUUUGGCAGGUGUUAGCAGGACACAACCCUGACGUGUCUCUUGAUAAGGAAUGUGUCUUUGCAUGAGCCACGUUGUCAGACAAGUUGUAAUUCAGAGCCAUGUCCGGACUCAAUGCCUCUCUCGGCUACUUCCUGGCCUGCGUGGUUUUCGGCGCCUCACUGCAUCCACUGCUUAAAAAAUGGCCACGCUUGGCUUUCCUGUUGGAGUUUUCGUCGUCAUUCAUGCUGGUGGCGUGCUGGCUAGAGGUGCAGACCAUUGUGGAGAUUGGUGAGUGGGCUGGGGGAUUGGGCCCUGACGUGACGGCGACUAUACUGUUUGUAGUGCUGCUUACUCACGGGAUCAUUAGCGAGGGCGCUUCGGGGAAUCCCAGCCUGAUCUUGAUGAGGUUCCUGCAGCUGGAGGCCACGGUGCUCACCACUGUUCUGGCAGUAGUCUUCCAGUUCCUCGGGGCCCAUCUCGCCCUGCAUGUGGCUGAAUACUACUGGAGCCUGGAGCUGACUGACAUGCACAUGAUCAAAAACUUGAUGUCCAGUGAGUGCAGCACGUCCUUGCUGGCCUCCUUGCUGCAGGGCUUUUUCACAGAGUGUGUGUGUGCGCUCAUUUUUAACCUCGUACACCUCUUCCUGAGACGAAGGUCUGCUUUCAUCCGGGUACCCCUCAUUGCCAUCCUCCUCACCUUCCUGGCCCACACAGCCAAAGGUUACACCGCAGCUUACAUCAACCCUUCAUUAGCCUACGGCAUGACGUUCUUUUGUCCUGGUUUCACCUUGGCAGAGUACGCCUUUGUCUACUGGCUGGCCCCUGUCAUAGGAAUGACGCUGGCUCUCCUCUUGCAUAUGGGCCACAUUCCCAGGAUAUUUGCCAAGAACGUGCUGUCCUUUCAGAAGACACGUUUCCGAGCGCCCAAAAGUGGAGCAAAAGACAAGAAAAAAUGAGCGACAUUACUUUACAUUUCAGUAUUUUAAUACAAGACGCUUCCAUGUAACAUGGUUAACAAAAAAAUACUACUAAAUGGAAAAACAUAUGGGAAAUCCAGAAACUAUUUCAGCUGGAUUUUUGCACAUUGUUUUCAAUGUUUUAAAAAUUGGACAUUUGUGUAGGACCUCGACCAAAUGAACUCAAACCACAUUAUAUUAAAUUAGUUUAGAAAUAUUUUUGAAAAAAAAAAGUUUGGCAAAAUGUAAUAAAAUGCAAAUAUGUAAUGUUAUUGAGGUAUGUUAUGUAGUGGAGGAACUUGUACUGGGUUUGGGGGAUGCAGACUGAUCAUCUGACACCUUUGUGAGAUUUUUAGCAGAAGCAUCUUGAGCUAUGAAAGAAGAAAAAAAAGUUAUUAAAAAAAUAUUUAUAGAACUAUACAAAACAUUCAAAUAAAAUCAAGUUACACAAA